AUGGUGUCUCGUCGGCUCCUCGGCCUGCUUGCUGCGCUGGCCGUUCCUGUGCGGGCCCUCACAGGAUCCAAGCCCAAGUACCAGCACGAGCAUAGGCACGAGCACGCGAGGAGGCCAGUCAACACCAGCGGCAGGCCAGUCGGCAGCUCCGCGUCGUCCUUCCUGCAGACGGAUGCCGACGCGGACAGCGCGGCGAUGGUCUCGAUGACGACGCUCUCGAAGGAGGAGUGGCAUGCGCAACACAAGGCAAUGUACGAGACGGAGUUCACGAUCGAGUUCCGCGGUCCACCUGCCCCACCGAGGAGCAGGGGCCUAACCGAACUGUGUGCUAAGCGUGCCCUCCUAAUAGUGUGA